AUGAAGGCCAGCUCGAAGCUUCUCGACGACUCUUCUGAACAGCCAGACGCUUUCCUUUUGAACAACGCUGAUGGCAGUCUCAACGAGAGAUCUGAUUUUCUUUCUUCCCCUUUGGCCUCAAACGACGCAGUUAAUUCUGAUUCUUUAGCUGAUUCAAGUGAUAAGGAAAGCCAGGCCAUAGUUUUCCAGUACAAGUUCAUAAAGAUAAACUUAUUCCAACUAAGAUACUACUCCUUCAUCAUAAUUGGUGUAUCGAUAUUGUGGCCAUGGAAUUGUUUUCUAUCUGCCUCACAAUACUAUUCUUUUCGAUUCUCUAACAGCAAUCACCCAGUAUUGGGAAAGAUAUACUCGUCUGUAAUGAUGUCAAUCUCUACUAUAACUUCUUUAAUUUUCAAUUUCAUUUUAUCCAAUCUACAAAAGAAUGCAAAAUAUUAUAAAAGAUUAAUUAUUGGAAAUUUAUUAAAUUUUUUUAUUUUCCUAAUUUUAGCCAUCACUUCCAUAUCCUUCUUGAACAUCAACCAACUAUUCUUCUUUAAUAUACUAUUGUUCUUGAUCAUUUCGAGUGCAAUUGGUGUGUGCUUUGAACAAAAUGGUACUUUUUCAAUCGCUAAUGUUUUAGGCCCCAUUUAUGCUCAAGCUGUAUUGGUCGGUCAAGCCAUAGCUGGAGUAUUACCUUCAAUAACCUUAAUCAUUUCGACUUUAUUGAUCGACAUAAAGAGCCUUGAAACUGAUCAAUCCACUGAUAACGAUGAUAAUCAUCCAAAUAAAGAAACUGAAAAAAACUAUGGUGUUAUGUUUUACUUUCUAACCGCAACUUUUAUCUGCUUAUUCGCCAUCUUAUCUUCUUAUUUCUCAAUAAUAAAAUUUCCUGUUUUUAAUAAAGACCACAAUUCAGAUUACACUCCCUUGGAAAAUACAUCACUAAUUAACAAUACCAUUGAUGAUGAUGAUAAUAACAACACAACCUACAGUCAAAAGAAAAAAGUUCCUUUUAUUUUGUUAUGGAAAAAAUUAAAUUACAUUUUUUCAACAAUCGUAAUCACUUUUUCAAUAUCUCUAGUCUUUCCAGUCUUUGCAUCAAAUAUUGAAAGUUUUAAUCAAAAUAAUAACUCAAAGCUCACAAAUCCCAAAAUUUUUAUUCCGAUAGCUUAUUGCAUUUGGAAUGUCGGCGAUUUAUCUGGAAGAGUCCUUUCUGGCUAUAAAACAUUUCAAUUGAAUAACCAAAAAUUCCUAUUGAUUUACUCAAUUUUAAGGGUUUUUUUUAUUCCAAUUUUCUUUUUAUGCAAUAUUAAAAAAAAUCAAAACUUAAACAACUUCAAAGUUAAAAGCGACUUUUUUUAUCUCUUGAUUCAAUUCUUAUUCGGUUUCACCAAUGGUCACUUGUGCUCAAAUUGUUUUAUGAAUAUUUCAACUAAAUUCGAUAAUGACGAUGAAAAAGAAGCUGCUGGUGGCUUCAGUACCGUUUUUUUAAGUAUCGGAUUAGCAUCUGGUAGUUUAUUUAGUUAUGUAUUCAUUCCUUUAGUUAGUUAA